AUGCCAGAUAUAAGUCGAUGUGAAGUCAAGCCCCUGUGUUGUAGCGGUGAUAUGCCAGAUAUAAGUCCAUGUGAAAUGGAAAUCAAGCCCCUGUGUUGUAGCGGUGAUAUGCCAGAUAUAAGUCCAUGUGAAGUCAAACCCCUGUGUUGUAGCGGUGAUAUGCCAGAUAUUAGUCCAUGUGAAGUCAAGCCCCUGUGUUGUAGCGGUGAUAUGCCAGAUAUUAGUCCAUGUGAAGUCAAGCCCCUGUGUUGUAGCGGUGAUAUGCCAGAUAUUAGUCCAUGUGAAGUCAAGCCCCUGUGUUGUAGCGGUGAUAUGCCAGAUAUAAGUCCAUGUGAAGUCAAGCCCCUGUGUUGUAGCGGUGAUAUGCCAGAUAUAAGUCCAUGUGAAGUCAAGCCCCUGUGUUGUAGCGGUGAUAUGCCAGAUAUAAGUCCAUGUGAAGUCAAGCCCCUGUGUUGUAGCGGUGAUAUGCCAGAUAUAAGUCCAUGUGAAGUCAAGCCCCUGUGUUGUAGCGGUGAUAUGCCAGAUGUUAGUCCAUGUGAAGUCAAGCCCCUGUGUUGUAGCGGUGAUAUGCCAGAUAUAAGUCCAUGUGAAGUCAAGCCCCUGUGUUGUAGCGGUGAUAUGCCAGAUAUAAGUCCAUGUGAAGUCAAGCCCCUGUGUUGUAGCGGUGAUAUGCCAGAUAUUUGUCCAUGUGAAGUCAAGCCCCUGUGUUGUAGCGGUGAUAUGCCAGAUAUAAGUCCAUGUGAAAUGGAAAUCAAGCCCCUGUGUUGUAACGGUGAUAUGCCAGAUAGAAGUCCAUGUGAAGUCCAGCCCCUGUGUUGUAGCGGUGAUAUGCCAGAUAUAAGUCCAUGUGAAGUCAAGCCCCUGUGUUGUAGCGGUGAUAUGCCAGAUAUAAGUCCAUGUGAAGUCAAGCCCCUGUGUUGUAGCGGUGAUAUGCCAGAUAUAAGUCCAUGUGAAGUCCAGCCCCUGUGUUGUAGCGGUGAUAUGCCAGAUAUAAGUCCAUGUGAAGUCCAGCCCCUGUGUUGUAGCGGUGAUAUGCCAGAUAUUAGUCCAUGUGGCGUGGGAGUCAAAUCCCUGUUACAUUUUUGUAUGUUUUUAGAGAUGUAA